AAGAAUAUAAAUAAUAAGAACAAAUAUAUAUAAGCAAAUAAGAAAAUACAGAUAGCAACACGGGGUUUAAAAUCAGCGGGGAGAGCUGUUGAAAGGGCCAUCUCCCGUCCCGACCCACAACUGAACAUCAAAACACAGCCGACUCUCCUCAUGAAUUAGGCCAGACGCAGCACACCCCAUCAACUGUCCACCACCAUGCGGCUCACCCCUCUCAACCUGCGCUCCAUGUACCUCGUCAAUAACCAGCGCCCCAAGAAUGGCCGCCGUGCCACCCGUGUGCCGUUCCCUUUCAAUGGCUGCCUGCCCCUCCAGCUGCGGGACAGUGUAUCCGGCAAGAGUGAAAAACUGCAGAGUAAUCCAUGUGUUCAGGAAAUGUUUGUGAUGUUCUCCUGCUUCAAGAAGAAUGACUUUGACCAGGCACUGUGUAGUAAGGAAAUCCAGACCUUUGAAGCAUGUCACCUCAACCAUCUGACCAACGAGAAGAGGAAGAAAGAACAAGAGAGGCGGGGCGUCAUGGUUCCUGGUGAGAAGCGACUUGCUCACAAGCAGUUAAAUCACCUAUUAGGAAGAUACAAGCAACCUGUGUAGUUUAAGGAGUUGCUGUGUACAUAGUGUUGAAUAAAGUCUCAGUUGUACA